CCUCCUUUAACGAACCAGCACAACCAGUGAUUCGCAGCCAUACGUCGCAGCAGCACAGGAGCUGAACACACACACAUCUUCCUCCUCCUCCUCCUCUUCCUCAGCCUGCAGCAGCAGAACACGGGACACGUCUCUCUUCACCAUGGAGCAGAAACCACCCAUCAACUUCUGCGCUGGACCCGCGAAACUCCCGCAAUCUGUGCUGCUGGAGGCACAGAAGGAGCUCAUCAACUACAAUGGCACCGGCAUCAGUGUUCUUGAGAUGAGUCACCGCUCGUCGGACUUCAGCAAAAUCAUGAGCAAAACAGAGAGUCUCCUGCGUGAGUUGUUAAAUAUCCCCUCCAACUACAAGGUGAUGUUCCUGCAGGGCGGCGGCUCCGGGCAGUUCAGCGCCGUUCCGCUCAACCUGAUUGGCCUCAAGGAGGACAGGUGUGCCGACUACCUGGUGACCGGCACGUGGUCGGCCAAGGCGGCGAAAGAAGCGGAGAAAUACGGCAAACCCAACAUCGUCCACCCGAAGCUGGACAGCUACACGAAAAUCCCAGACCCCAGCAGCUGGACUCUGAACCCCUCGGCCUCAUACGUCUACUACUGCAGCAACGAGACCAUCCACGGCGUGGAGUACAACUUCACGCCUGAAACAAACGGGGUGGUGCUCGUCUGCGACAUGUCCUCCAACUUCCUGUCCCGACCUGUGGACGUGUCGAAGUUUGGGCUGAUCUUCGCCGGAGCUCAGAAGAACGUGGGCUCUGCCGGUGUGACCGUGGUCAUCGUGCGUGAGGACUUGUUAGGCCACACCCUGAAGGAGUGUCCCAUCAUCCUGGACUACAAGGUGCAGGCUGAGAAUAACUCCCUCUACAACACGCCGCCGUGUUUCAGUAUCUACAUCAUGUGUCUGGUUCUGGACUGGAUCAAGAACAAUGGCGGCAGUGCUGCCAUGGAAACGCUCAACAUCCAGAAGUCCUCCAUAAUUUAUGACAUCAUCAACGCCUCUAAAGGUUUCUAUACGUGUUCUGUAGACAUGGCCUGUCGAAGCCGCAUGAACAUCCCAAUUCGUAUGGGGAAGAAAGACGGAGAUGAAGCUUUGGAAAAGAAGUUCCUGGACGAAGCAGCCAAACGUGGAAUGAUAUCAUUGAAAGGUCACAGGUCAGUUGGAGGAAUUCGUGUAUCCCUGUACAACGCUGUGACAGUGGAGGAAACUCAGACCCUGGCUGCCUACAUGAAAGAUUUCCUCAAAGAGCACCAAUAGAACAGACCUCACAUCGCCCAGUGGCUUCUCAUGACUUCAUCAUGUUAAAAAGUGUUGGAUCUGUAAAAGGAGUCCUGCAACGUAACACACAUUCAUUCUCCCUGAAAAGAUUUAACCCCUUCAAGUGCCCAGAAAUGUCUCUAUUACAUCUGUGUUUCAUAGAAUUACAGCUCUAACAAAUGUAAUGGGUGAAAGUGCUUUUAUAGUUUCAUUAAGUCUUGUUACUUGUUGAAAGCCUGUUUACAUUCCAGUAAAUCUAACUUGGUGAUACCUCCA